AUGUCAAUGGUGUGAAGUAUUUGCUAUUAUUAAAUAGAAUAAAUUUUUAGUUAUUUUCUUUGUACAUAUACAUAUACUUCCAUUUAUAACACGUAUUUAUUUAUCACAAAUAAAAUUUGGUGAAAAUUAUAAGAGUGUCAGUAGAAGUUAACAUGGAUGAAAACGGAAGGCAAUGCAUAAGUUGGGAUGAUUAUUUCAUGGGUGUAGCUUUUUUGGCUGGACAACGUAGUAAAGAUCCUGUUACUCAAGUUGGUGCAUGUAUAGUAAAUAAUGAGAACAAGAUUGUAGGUGUUGGAUAUAAUGACAUGCCUUCUGAAUGUGAUAGUUUGCCGUGGACUAAAAGUGAAAAGAAACAUUAUGUGUGUCAUGCAGAACUUAAUGCUAUUAUGAAUAAGACCUGUUGUGACCUGAGAAAUUGCACUAUAUAUGUUAGUCUUCACCCAUGUAAUGAAUGUGCCAAACUAAUAAUACAAUCUGGAAUAAAGUUAGUCAAAUAUGUGUCAGACAAAAAAAACAGAAAACCUAAAUUUGUAGCUGCAAGAAGGAUGUUUGAAACAGCAGGUGUUGAAUGCCGUCAAUAUACUCCAAAUAAAAAUUUAUUAAUUGACUUUACGGCGAUUGAUGUGGACGGACCGAAUAAUUGUGAUGAUUAACUAUACUUACAACAAAUAUAAUGUUUAAAUUUGUAACUAAUAUUAAUUGUUCGGUAACACAAACAUGGCUCGUGAAAUUGCUGGAUACUGAUGUACUCAAAAAAUUGGUCACUUUUAUGUACAUGUAAAAUUGACUUUUGGACCAUUUCCAUUUAAAAUUUUUACAGACCUGAUUAUUUCCAACUUUAACAUUAACAUCAUAAAAUUAUGGAAAAUAAAUAAAAUAAUGUACAGAAAGCGAAGAAAUUUAGCAAUAAUACAAAGGUACUAUGCAUGAGUAAGAUAAUAUUGUCUGCAACUGUAUUGCAAACUAUUUGCUGUACAAGGUAAAUAGUGGUACAAUAAUGUAUGGCAUGAUAGAAAUAUGUAACAAGUAUUUAGCAUUUUUCCAAAACGUCUGAA